AUGAAUAGCCAGCCUUCAUCCAAUGGAUUUCAACACAGAGGUGUUGGAAAUGAGGCGUGGAUGAAUAAGACUCAGCCGAUGAAGUCGCACUCCAUGAAAAAUUCAGAAAAUGGUGUGGAUAAUGCUUCUCGCGACCUGUUUGUGUAUCUCACAACUUGUAAGAUAGGACAUCAUGUAGAAGUUCAUCUAAAGAAUGGAUCUGUUUACAGUGGCAUAUUUCACGCUGUUGAUGUGGAGAACAGUUUUGGGAUUAUUUUGAAAAUGGCAUCCUUGAUCAAGGAAGGUACUUCACGAGGAAUGAAACCCCGUGGUCCGCUUGUCAGCAAGCCUCCUUCAAAGACGUUCAUUAUCCCUACCAACGAACUUGUGCAAGUUGUAGCUAAGGACCUUCCUGUUUACAGCAAUGACGUCUCAAAUUCAGUCCAGUCGGAGAAGCCGUUAGAGCUGUUGACAGACUCUUCUAUAUCACAGUCUUAUCAUGUUGAUUUGGAAAGAGAGCUGAAACCUUGGGUUCCUGAUGAAGAUGUUCCAGACUGUUCAGAUCUCGAGAAUGUGUUUGAUGACCCUUGGAAGAGGGGCUGGAAUCAGUUUGAGGUCAAUAAGACAUUGUUUGGAGUGACAAGCACUUUUGACGAGGAACUGUAUACCACAAAACUCGAGAGAGGUCCUCGGACGAGGGAGCUAGAAGAGCAAGCCUUGAGGAUUGCGAGAGAGAUUGAGGGUGAGAAUACCCGAGAUCUUCACGUAGCAGAGGAAAGAGGUAUUCAGCUUAGUGGAAAGUUUGAUAUGGACGAGGAAACCAAAUACUCUUCGGUCUGUCCGGCUAAUGGAUUUGAUGAUACGGAGGAUUACGAAGAGGAAGAAGACAUAUUGUUGAACUGCUGCAACAAUUUGACUUUUGGUGAUUCAUCUGCUUCUAAUGGCAAGGUCUUUGAAGAAUCAUGGGGUGAUCAGAGCUCCUCGAACUCAAUUAAGCAUGCUUGGCAUAUGUCUAAACAGCCAUCCAAUGAUAUCCCUGCUCUAGGCAGCAAUAAAAAGCCGUCCGAGGAAUCAGUGUCUGGUCUUGAAGAUAUCAAUGAAGACGCAGCAACCCCUGAUCCGGCUUGUCUACAACGGAGAGCUUCUGAGAGGAAAAGUUCCACUGAUGGAAGACUAGUCGGUUCAUUUUCUGACAGAGCGAAACCUGAGAGCUCUGCAGCUUCCUCCUCACCAUCAAACCGUCAAAAACUAUCACCAAGCUCUUCUAUGAGUUCUUUUUCUUCAGAAAAGUCCACACUCAACCCAAAUGCUAAGGAAUUUAAGCUAAACCCCAACGCAAAGAGUUUCAAACCGUCUCCAACAGCUACACGGCCAGAGUCUCCAGUCCGAGAUGGAUCAUUCUAUUUCCCUCCUGCUCCGCCGAUACCUGGAUUCAUUCAAUACGGAAUGGGUGCAGCGUUCCCUGGACAACAACAACAACAACAGCAACAACAACCGAUGAUGUUUAAUGCAACACCGCAUAGCCCAAAUCAAACAUAUUAUUCUCCAAAUAGUCCACAGUACCCACCACAACCGACGAUGAUAAUUGGUCACCAGAGACCGGUUUUCUUCAUGCCUCCAACGCCGUACCAACCGGAGAUGCCAUAUAAAGGAAGAGACUCUUAUUAG